AUCGCAUUUGCGGGAGGCUAUAGCUUAUGCCAUUGCGACUGUGAUCGUCACUCUCCUCGUCCACAGCCGUACUGUAUUCGUGCAUCCUGCCGUCAAUUAUCGACCGCCUCUUCAGCCUCUUCAAGCCGAAUCCUUAUAGCCUAAGUCUAGCUAUGUUCAGCUUUCUCAAAGGGAACCAGAGGUAUGAGGGCAAGCCGACCGUGCUGGAGGCGUGCGAUCUAGCUUCGAUCGUGAAGUAUAUGAAAUCAGACAAGUGCAAGAGGGUGUUUAUCAUGAACGGAGCAGGUAUCAGCACCUCCUCUGGAAUACCUGACUUUAGAUCCCCAGACACCGGCCUCUAUGCCAACCUUGCCAGACUCAACCUCCCCUACCCUGAGGCUGUCUUCGAGAUCAACUUCUUCCGCAGGAAUCCCAAGCCAUUCUACAUGCUAGCGAAAGAGCUGUAUCCAGGCAACUUCCGCCCGACUCCCGCGCACUCUUUCAUCAAGGUCCUCGACAACCACAAGAAGCUCGUGAAAUGCUUCACGCAGAACAUCGACACCCUAGAACGGCGCGCGGGCGUCCCCGACGAUAAGCUCGUCGAAGCGCACGGGAGCUACGCGUCGCAGCGGUGCAUAGACUGCAAACGCCCGUACGACGCGCAGAAGCUGAAGGACAAGCUGUACAAGGAGGAGGUUGCGAGGUGCGAGAAGUGCGGCGGGCUGGUGAAGCCGGAUAUCGUGUUCUUCGGGGAAUCGCUUCCGCCACUAUUCCACCGUUCGAUCCCACUGCUCCAAUCUGCGGACCUGCUGAUUGUGAUGGGGACGUCGCUGGUGGUCCACCCCUUCGCCUCGCUCGUGGACCUGGUCCCGGAGGAUUGCCCGCGGCUGCUCAUCAACCUCGAGCAUGUCGGCGAUUUUGGCAGCCGCCCGAACGACGUCGUGUACCUCGGGAAAUGCGACGACGGCGUGCGCGAGCUUUGUCGGUUGCUUGGCUGGGACAAGGAGCUGGAGAGGGAAUGGGAGAAGACGAAGUAUACACUGGAGCGGUUGCAGGAGGAUGUGGCUAAGACGGAGGUUAAGGAGAAGGAGGCGGAGGAGAAGGUGAGUCAGGCGAGGACGGAUGCGGAGAAAGAGGAAGCGCAGAAGGAGUUGAAGGCGGCGGAGUUAGAGGAGAAGAAGACAAAGGAGGAGGAGGCUAGGAUCAGGAAAUUGAGGAGUGAGGAGGAGGAGUUGCCGCGGGAGGUGGACGAGUUGGCGAAGGAGAUUGGAGAGUCGCUCGCUGUCUCGGAUAAGGGGGAUGUAAAGCCUGAGGUGACUACCGGCUCAGAGCCAGAAGCCGAGGAAGAGAAAGAUGGUACGGAGGAUCUGAAGGGUCCUGAAGGUAAACUCUAG